GGCAGGAGUCGAAGUCGCAUUAGCAAUCAUGACCUUGAGAGCUUUGUCGGCUCCUCGAGAGCCCUAUCCGUCGCUUCAUCAGCUUCGUUGUCGAGGACGUCCCUAGUAUGCGUGGCAUACUAUUUAAUCAUUAUAAGUCUUCGUUGUGUAAGGCAGUACAAAUGGCACAGAAAAACCAGAAGAAGUGCAAAAGUUACAACCAUGCUCAUCUAGCUCAUACAGUUACAGUACUGACAUAGUACAGUAAACAGUCAGACUCAUCUGCAUCCGAGAAUACAAAAAGAUGGCGGGUAAGGAAGAAUGGCGACAAGGGUGGACGAUAAACGAGCACACCCAGAGAAAAGCUCCGCUAUGGACGACUUUGGGCAGAAAAGACGCACUGCAGACGGGUACAUUGUUUGAGUUUCAAUUUGUUGAGAUAAGAAGAAGAAGUAGAAGAACUGUAUCGAGAAAAGUGGUCUUGUGUCGGAAGAAUCUCGAUUCUGUCCUCCUCCGCUGUUAACUCCUAACAUUCUUUGUAUCUGUGGGAGUAAGUGAUGUAUCUGUGAUGAGUACGAACAAGCUCUCACUUCAGUUAUCAACCGCAAUGGUCCACACAACGCUUUUACUGAGCUGAAGCCGAGUGCGGAGUUGGGGACGAUAAAGAGUAGGAACACCUGGAUCCAGAAGCAUAUGCGAGCGACACAAUGGCAGCCAGGACCGGGAGCGUACUCCGUGUUCGAUAGAAGAUUUGGAUUGAUGGAUAUGGUUCUCUCGAGUAAGUAAGUAAGUAAGUAAGUAAUUAGUUUGGUUGUUGAAAAAUAUUAUUUGGGACAAAGUUCUUUUCGUCCGAAGAAAAGGACUGGUGUGUUUCAAACCAUCUUCUAACUGUCUUAUAGCUGGUCCUUAGGAUCCACAUUCCGUCACCUCUAAAAGGUACAAGCAUGCGGGUGAUUUCCCUUCAGCGAAGGAGGAUAUUGAUAGGCAACAGUUUCGAGAGCGAGGUGGAAACUUCAGCUUCACACGAGACGUACAGUUCUAUCUCCUUCCUCUGCUCUUUUUCUCUGUUCCUGAUCAAUGAGUCGACUCAAUCUGUCCUACUCAACUACAUACGACCUUUCAGUGCCCUCUCUUCUGAAACCUUUCAGGUACGUGAAACCGUGUAUCCUUUGAAGGAUGUGGUAAAGAAGUCGAAUAACAACAACUAUCCGCAUUAUACGAGCGGCUACGUCCGAAAUAAGGCGACUAGGGCGUACCAGGAGGCGCCAGGACCUGGCCAUUACACGCAGUAUACAACGUUAGGUCAGGGCACGUGGAAGAAAUAAUGGACAACAAUACAAACUGUGACUGUCAUAAAUCCGGUGAGGUCGUUGCUGACCUUAGGAGGCAUAGUUUGCAUACCUUAGGAAUACAGUGUCCCGUAAUGAACAUCAAAUAUUGGUUAGUUGAAGCUCUUUGCUUAUGCUUUGCCAUUUCAAUGAAAAGAAAACAUAUUUUUUGGUGUUGUCGAGAGCUAAAGAAAGCAAGCACAAGUGUACAAAAUCAGAAUAGAAAGUCAUCGACUCCUUCCAUCUGCAUAUUCUAUCAUACUUGCUUGGAAAGGCUUAAGAGCUAAAAAGCCCGAAAUUAGUCUCGAUCUCAUAUUCCUGUAUCCUUAUCGAGCUUCGUUAACAACUAACACAGCAUAUCCUCUAGAAACUGACUGAAUACAACAGCAUAUCAGUGAUUCUACUUCCAAAAACAACAAAACAGCUUAAACUCAAUCAAUUUACUAGCACAGGAGCGAGAUUCCGUGUCCGUCUGACUGUAGAGGUUCAAGGAUCGACUCCAUUCCAAAGUCUAUUACUCGUGCGAGAUUUCGACAGUAAAGAGAAAGAACUGACCUGAGCAAAGGCGCUGUGUAUCUCAAGAUAUACGUCAGUGUUGGUUCUUCUCUGAGCGAAAGGUAGUAUCUGCAACAUGAGCGCGUAGCUAUCUGAAGUUCCAUACAGAUUCUUCCAAAAUCUUCUUGCAUCACCAGAGUUGCAGGAGCGGGGUCCUACAGGAUCGCCCCCAGAAAAGAUUGCCCGUCGAUCACUAGAUGUUGGUAGUGCACAGGUAUCGAUUAUCUUUGUCGGCGUUUAACGCAGUUUGUAGCCUUUAGAACUACCUGUGCCCGUUUUUAGCAUUACAUAUUGCUUGGAGACAACAAGUUCUCCUUCUCACAUCGCAUUGCUUGGGUUUCCUCCAAUUGCUUUAAGUCACAAAAAAACAAGAAUGGGUUCGUUAUCACCUGAAAAUUCUCAGCAUCUUGCUGGUUCAAUGGCCGGUUCCAAGAACGAAAUGAGUUUCAGUUUCCUUCCUGAUAAUAGACGCCGUGUCCUUAUAACUGGACUCGGACCCUUUCGCGGUAUUAUGGAUAAUUCAACCGAUGAUAAUCCAACCGAUACUCUAGUACACGAGUUACGCGCGAC